ACAGGAAAACAAUAAAAAGUGGAAAACAACAAGAAGAAGAAGUGAAGAAGAAGCAGCCAACCCAUCACCCAAGCUCUACUUUUUCGUUUGUUUCUGAUCUCCGUUCUUAGCUUAGCUGAUUGCUUGCUGUUCUGCAGAUUGUCAGGGCUUCAUCUUCAUGAUUCACACCAUGAAUUCCACGCGUCCUCCAAUUCCAAAUUACGAAAAUCCAACAUGGGUCUCUUUCUUCUUCUUCAUCAUCAUCUUCUUCUCGCUCUUCUCUCUCUCCGUCUCCGAUCCCCGGGCAUCUCAGUCAGGCCUCUACUGCGGAACCUUCAAGACCCCGCCAUCCGCCAACUUCAUACCCACAUUUGUCAAAGAAAUGGAGAGCCUAUCACAGCUCGUCACCGACAACCACUGGGGCACCCACUUUGUCAACUCCACGCCGCCCAUGUACGGCCUCGCUCAGUGCUUCCAAGACCUUUCCGACACUGACUGCCAACUUUGCUACGCCGCAAGCCGCACCAAGCUUCCUCGCUGCCUCCCGUCGACCUCUGCUUGCAUUUACCUCGACGGUUGCUUCCUGCGAUACGAUAACUACAGCUUCUACCGAGAAUCGGUUAACCCUUUGAUCGACACCGUCAACUGUAGCUCCGAAAGUGGUUUGGUCGUGGAUGAAGUUGCGAGGGUUGAGUUUGUGAAUUCUGUUGGGUUUGUGAUCGAGAACGUGACGAGGACUGCUGUGACAAACGGAGGUUUUGGGUUGGCGGAAGUGAAGGGAUCAGUGUACGCCUUGGCGCAGUGUUGGAAGACUGUUGGGAGUGAUGGAUGCAGAGAGUGCCUGGAGAAGGCCGGGAAGGCGGUGAAAGGAUGCGCGCCGAGAAGGGAUGGGAGAGGUUUGUAUGCCGGGUGUUAUUUGAGGUAUUCCACUGAGAAGUUUUACAAUGACAAGGGAGAGGCAGAGAAUGCUAGCCAUGGGUCUUCUCGAACAGGAGUCACAGUAGCCAUUGUUUUGUCGGCAGUCGCCUUCGUAAUGCUUUUUCUGUUUGCGGCAUUUGCAGGCUAUGCAAGAUUAUUCAUGAUCAAAGAGCGCAAUAAUCUGGGCCAAAUUUCAACUAGUAUUGACAGGCUUAGUUUGAAUUUCAAAUAUGAAACUCUUGAGAAGUCAACAGACUACUUUAAUCCAUCAACAAAAAUAGGCCAAGGAGGAGCUGGUUCUGUGUACAAGGGGACUCUUCCAAAUGGAAAAACUGUUGCUGUUAAGAGAUUGAUUUUCAAUACCAACCAAUGGGUAGAUGAUUUUUUCAAUGAAGUGAAUUUAAUCGCUGGAAUUCAACACAAAAAUCUUGUGCGGCUUUUGGGUUGCAGCAUUGAAGGCCCUGAGAGCCUCCUGGUUUAUGAGUAUGUACCAAACAGGAGCCUUGACCAAUUCAUUUUUGAGAAGAACAAAGUUCAGACUCUAAAUUGGAAGCAGCGGUUUGAUAUCAUUGUUGGAACAGCUGAGGGGCUUGCAUAUCUUCAUCGAGGUGAUAAAGUGAGAAUAAUUCACAGGGACAUAAAAAGCAGCAAUGUUCUUCUGGAUGAGAAUCUAACUCCCAAGAUUGCUGACUUCGGCCUUGCUCGAUGUUUUGCUGCUGAUAAAACUCAUCUUAGUACUGGAAUUGCUGGAACCCUAGGAUACAUGGCUCCUGAGUAUCUUGUUCGAGGACAUCUUACAGAAAAAGCAGAUGUUUUUAGUUUUGGAGUGCUGGUUCUUGAGAUUGUAUGCGGUAGGAGGAACAAUGCCUUCGUGGAGGACUCUGGUUCUCUUCUACAAACAGUAUGGCAACUCUAUAGAACAAGUAGACUGGCUGAAGCUGCUGACCCUUGCCUGAGAGACAAAUUCCCUGAAAAAGAGGUAUCGGAUGUGCUUCAAAUUGGGCUUCUGUGCACACAAGCUUCAGCUGCUUUGAGACCAUCCAUGGAUGAAAUAAUUCAGUUGCUAACUGAUAAAGAUUGUGAGAUUCCUAUACCAAAGCAACCUCCUUUUCUGAGUGCCAAUGUGCUAGAGCCAUCCAGCUCCAUCAAGUCAUAUAGCAUGAACAGCUUAGGGUCGAUGAACGCCGCAAGAAAGACGGAAGCAUCCUACAGCUCCACAGAGUCCUCUAGCAUGGACAGUUCAGAUGUGCUAUCAAGAAUCUAAAAGAAUUCUUUUAGAAGCUGAUUCAGACUAAAUUUCUAAUGAAUUCCCAGACUGAUCAAUGCAAGGAUAACAAUGUUAAAUCCUCCAAUUCACAUCUGUGGGUUUGGAGGAAGUCUUGCAUGAUUCUCUACAGCAGAGCAGCCCUCCAAGCAACAAGGCUUGGAAGCUCAAGGGACUCUAUGAACAAAUUCAAAGCUAAGGAGAUGCUAAUGAAAGUAAAGGUUUUUGCUAGUCAGAACUCAUGAGCAGAUUUACACCAAGAGAUUAGGAAUUUUUUCUUUUAAUACUUUUGUAUACAGGGGGGAGGUGCUGGAGGUUUGGUAACAUAUUUUUGUUCGCUGGCUUUCCUUUCAAAAACACUUGAAUGCUUCCAUAAACCAUAAAAGUUGAUCAAGCAGGGUAGUACCUUGUACUUGCUUGCUCAAUGAAUAUAUUAGUAUCGGACGGGGGGAAGCGAGCUGCAAUUAGCUGGUCGUAUUGCAUGCAGUACAGACAACUAAUUGCACAUGAUCCCGAACCAUUAAUAUUCACCCGACCCAUUAGUAUCUCCCUGUCUGCUUGUUUUUAUAUAUACACCCGAAUGGUUCAUGUUU